AUGACUAUUAAUCAAACUUGGUGGAAAAAUGCCAGCAUCUACCAAAUCUGGCCUGCUUCUUAUAAAGAUUCCAAUGGUGACGGUAUUGGUGAUAUCCCAGGUAUUAUUUCCGAAUUAGACUACAUCAAAGAUUUAGGAGUUGAUAUUAUCUGGUUGAGUCCAAUGUACAAAUCGCCAAUGGAAGAUAUGGGUUAUGAUAUCAGUGAUUAUGAAGACAUCAACCCAGAUUUCGGUACUUUGCAAGAUAUGCAAAAUUUAAUUGAUGGUUGCCACGAAAGAGGCAUGAAAAUCAUUUGUGAUUUAGUCAUCAACCACACUUCUGCUGACCACGAAUGGUUCAAAGAAUCAAGAUCUUCAUUGGACAACCCAAAGAGAGACUGGUAUAUCUGGAAGAAACCAAAAUAUGAUGCUGAUGGUAACAGACAACCACCAAACAACUGGAUGUCCUAUUUCUCUGGCUCUGCUUGGGAAUAUGAUGAAAAAACCGGUGAAUAUUACUUGAGAUUAUUUGCCAAAGGUCAACCUGAUUUGAAUUGGGAGAGUGAAGAAUGUAGAAAAGCAAUCUACAAUUCAGCUGUUAAAUCAUGGUUAGAUAAAGGUGUCGAUGGUUUUAGAAUUGAUGUUGGUUGUUUGUAUUCUAAAGUUCAAACUUUUGAAGACGCUCCAAUUGUUUUCAAAGAUCUGAUCUAUCAACCAAGUGGAGAUUUGACUGCCAAUGGACCAAGAAUUCAUGAAUUCCAUCAAGAAAUGAACAGAGAAGUUAUUUCUAAAUAUGAUGUUAUGACUGUUGGUGAAAUUUGUCACUGUUCUAAAGAAGAAGCCUUAAAAUAUGUUGGUGCAUCUAGACAUGAAUUAAACAUGAUGUUUAUUUUCGACGUUGUUGAAGUUGGUUGUGAUGAAAGAGAUAGAUUCAGAUACUUGGGUUGGAAAUUGAAGGAUUUCAAGAAAGCUAUUCAAAAUCAAAGUGAUUUUGUUAAAGGAACUGAUGCUUGGUCAACUGUUUUCAUUGAAAAUCACGAUCAACCAAGAUGUGUCACUAGAUUCGGUAAUGACAAGAAAUAUCAUGACAAGAGUGGUAAAUUAUUAGCAAUGUUACAAACUACAUUAACUGGUACUUUAUUCAUCUAUCAAGGUCAAGAAAUCGGUAUGACCAACUUGCCAAGAUCAUGGUCCAUUGAAGAGUACAAGGAUAUCAACACCAUCAACUACUACAAUGCUUUUAAAGAGAAGUAUGGUAAUGAUCCAGAUUUCAAAGAAAAGGAAGAGAAAUUGUUGGACGUUAUCAACUUAGUUGCCAGAGAUCAUGCUAGAUCCCCAGUUCAAUGGAAUUCUUCAGCUAACGGUGGUUUCACUACAGGUAAACCAUGGACUAGAGUCAAUGAUAAUUAUAAGGAAAUCAAUGUUGAAGCUCAACAAAAGGAUCCAAAUUCAAUUUUGAAAUUCUUCCAAAAAAUGUUAAAAUUAAGAAAAGAACACAAGAAUUUGUUUAUUUACGGAAACUUAGAAAUCUUAGAUUAUGACAAUGAUAAAACUUUUACUUUUGUUAAAGAAUUGCCUGAUGCUAAAGCUCCAAAAGCUUAUGUUGUUCUUAACUUCUCCAAUGAACCAGUUAAAUAUACUCCUUUGAUUCCUGGUGAAUUCAAAUUGAUUGUUACUAAUGUUAGUGAUUCAGAAUUGGAUGAAGCUACUUUAUCUCCAUACGAAGGUAGAGUUUAUAUUGUCGAUUAG